AUGGGGUGCUCCGAAUGUGCAAAGGACGGAGUUUUGGACAAUGCUAAAAAAGAAAAUUUGAAACAGUGUGAAGCCAAUCGUAUACAAAAUCGUACAUAUUUGGUACGAAUUAUUGAUUUAAUAAUGUUACUUGGUAAAUGUGGUCAAGCAUUUAGAGGCCACAAUGAGAAAGAAGGCAGUAACAACAGAGGUUUAUUUCUGGAACUACCUAGUUUCUUUGUUGAAAAUAUUUCAUCUAUGCACAAAAAUAAAUAUGUUUCGAUUAUUGCUGAUGAAACCAGUGACUGUGGUCAUCACGAGCAGAUGUCUAUAGUAGUUCGGUUUUUUGAUACAAGUUUGAAUAAACCAGUUGAAUAUUUCAUGGGUUUGCAACGUCUUUUAAAAGUUGAUUCACAGUCUAUUUUUGAAGUUUUAAAUAAUUUUGUAGAAAAUAUUGGUGUAUCUUGGGAAAACGUUAUUUCUGUAUGUUUUGAUGGAGCUGCUAACAUGCCUGGUUGUCAUUACGGUGUUCAAAUGAAGUUCUUAGUAGACUCAAUCGAAAGAAAAAAUGUAGUAUUAUUUGAUAUUUUUGGUACAGUACAACUAAUUUAUUCUUUCUUAGAAGGGUCUUGCUGGGCAUGCAGAGGCAUGCUAUGGGCAUGCAGAUAUGAAGCUGUAUCAGCUGUCAAGUCCAAUUAUUCUGCUUUAAUACUUGCUCUCGAAGAAAUAUAUAAAGAGACAACUGUAUCAGAAGCUAGAGCUAAAGCUCGUGGUAUUUUAAUGCAAAUGAAAUCAUUUGAUUUUAUUUUUUCAUUAAAUAUGAUGCACUCAAUUCUUAUGAUAAUUGUGAAAGAAAAAUUAGGUAUUAUUUCAGCAGUAGGUAAUACUCUUCAACUGAUUCCUACAGAUAAUAAUAUACAAUUACUUCAAGAAAAACUUAAAGUAAAUUCUGAUUGUUUUAAAACAGAAAUCAAAUUACUAAAAGAACUUCCAGAUACUCCUGAAAAGACUUCUUCUUAA